UGGAGUUUAAACUUUGGACUCAAGAAGACGAGCUGAAAGAUACAGUGGAGACUCUUGACAAAGACAAAGCUGCGGAUAUUUCUGCUUGAUCUCAGUUGUGUUAUAAGGCCUCUCUGUUGUGCUACACAAACAGGGACACUAUGGAGCACUACCCAGAUCAGGGUUGUGAUGGCAUCGAGCUGCUCGACUGGCUGUUUGAUCAAAAUGAUGGAAUUCUCUGUCAUGAAGAAACGGAACACCAUGGCAACCAUCACACCUGGCCAAUCCAGGACCAGAACAUGCUGCAGCCUCCUGAUCAGGCGGAUGACGACUUCCUCAACGCCCUCCUGAGUGGGAAUGAUUCAGUGUCAGGCUCACCUCUGUGGUCCCCUUCUCCCAGCGACAGUGGAAUCAGCGAGGAUCCUCCAUCAGACCAGAUGGACAGUCCACAACGUCCCGAGAGCCCUCACAGGAAGACUCUGUUCUUCAGUAAGACGCCCCAAACAAAGGCGGCCCUGGAAGCCAAUGUCCCCAUUGACCUGAAUGGCUGGGAAUCAUCUGGAUUCCUGGCGGGCAGGGCGAGGAUUACACAAUAUCCAUCUGAUGUACAUAGACCACAGCUGUCCUCUGGCUUUCCGCUAACAGUCAAAGAUCUGCUUCUCUCUGGAACACCCGAACCAUUUUACCUGUGUUGCACUAAGACUGUUAUAUUUUUGCGAAUAAGGGAUUUUUCCUUCUUCUUCUGCCUCCUGCACACUAUUUCCUCCAGGAUGGCAGCCUGCAACGCACACAAUCAGGAGCUGCAAAGAAAAGUGUCACAGCUGGAGAAGUGCAACAUGUCACUAAUGGAACAGUUGCGCAGGCUGCAAGCUCUGUUCAUGAAUACAUCUAACAAGCCCGCCCAGACGGGGACAUGUGUACUGGUACUUCUGCUGUCCCUGUCGCUAAUCCUGUUCCCCAGCCUCAAGCCCUUCCCCGACAGCAAGGUCAGCCAAGGAGACUUCAGUCCCGUCAGAAUCCAGUCGCGGUCCCUGCAAAACCUCCAGGCUUCCCGUGUGCUCCGUGUCAUUGACACCCCGUUCUCCAGUGAGGAUGAAUCAGAGCCACUGCACCGACAUUUCCCAGGAGACCAUGGACUGGAAGACAUGAAUACACUGAUGGAGAAGCUGGCAGUGAACGAAGAGCACUCCAGUUUAAUGACCGUGUCUCUAAACAGCAGUCGGGUGGAGGAAGUUGGCCACUUCCACGUAGAUCCAAUCACUGGUCACAUAGCCACUGUGACCCUGGAUCCCCACCGCUCCGCCAAGCUGCGGCCACAUGCUGAUGAUAUGUGAAACAUAUUAAGAAAUUAUCCCCACAUGAACUCCCCAAAAUGUCCCCCUCCUCAUGGUAGACACAGAAAGGGAGAUUGGGUUUCAAUCAUUGAUGUUUCCUUUCAUAUAUUUUCACUCUGUAUGCCUUUGCCUGUCUUUCUUUGGUGUUACUGUUUUAUAUCAGUAUUUGGAUAAUCGUACAUUGAAAUUGCCUGACAAGAUAAACUGUGCAUUUUGCCUGGCUUUGGUAAAAUGUCAGUGUAAAUUAUUAUGCUUGAGACCAUCAAAAACCGUGAUAGUGUCUACAGCUUGAGCUUAGUGGAUAAUUUGUAAAAUGUUAAAGGAUUUUGAAAACAUGUUUUAGUGAAUAAUUGAUUGUAGCUGAUUUAUUCAUGGAUAAAACCGCCUCAAAUAAAAAAUGUCAAAAAACAUAUUGGUGGGAUCAAAACACUGUGGAUUUAUUUUCUCCAUCAACUAGAGAUUUAAUAAUUAAAGUGGCUCAAAUCGCAAGGUGCAAUAUCUCCCUUGAGAUUGUUUUAGAGAUGCGAUGUCAUGAAAAGAUGUGAUGCCAUGUUUGAUCCAUCGAUUGAGAUCCAAGGUCUGACUUUUUGGUUUCUGUGAUUGAAUGAUGCCCUGUGGAAAAUGAAGAGAAUAGCAAAAAGAAAAAAACAAUCAUCACUAUGUUUUUCAUAAAAAACACAUUCUUCCCAAAAUUGUAAGACUUGUACCAAUAUUGAAACAUCCCUGAAAUAUGGAUUUUUAAUACAAAUAUAAAUCUUUGUGACCUUUUCCUCA